CUUGUCACUUUUUUGUGAUAGUAAAUGUCAGACUGCAAAGUGUUCUGAUUUUAAAAGUAUCUAGUUCUGUUUUAAGACUCGCAUGAAAUACUGUAGACAUGAAAUACUGUAUGUGUUAUCUCACUUAACAUGAUAUCACUUUUAUGCACUCUAUUGGCCUUCAUUAUCAAGGGCAAUCAAAGUGUAUGGGUAGGUUCACCCAGAUUUCCUUUGCAAGGCAUGCAGUUACGUUAGAACCUAUAAUCAAAACAGUGUAUUUACUACCAAGAAAAUCUCAAACAGAGAUAGACCCAUAGAUUUAAGUAAAGUUCUGUCCAGUCCCUUUCUUGGAGUUUGAAUGGAAGUUCUGGAGCAAAUUACAGUUUAAUGUUGGUAAGUUUAAUGAAGACUUAUCUUCAGUUUAUAGGAAAGCCUUUUUCAUUUUAGAAUCCUGUGUAGAUCAUUGUAUACCAAAACAUGAGUACUCUCUAAGCAACUGGAUGUAAUAAUGAAUUUCUGGGAAAGGUGCAUCAUUUGUGUGUACUCAGUGUAGACUUGCUAAACUGGAAGAUGAAUACACUUUAGGCUGUCUUACCAGCUGGUCCUGAUGCAACUUAGUUGAGGCUGUCUGUGAAGAAGUUAUCAGGUCUGUGUGUCUCUUCAUGUACAGCUGGAGUGCAUUAAACAAGCCACACUGCUCAUGUGAUUGCACUUUUCUUGAUUGUUUGGAAGAACUGUAUUUCCAAAAAAGUCCAAUGGCUCUAAACACCACUACUGAGGCAAUGACAUAUCCUUUAAAGUCUCUUUUAAAUUUGUGAAAUGUAAAUGGGGACAGACUGGGACAAAGGUAGCGUGACAAAUUCUGAAGGGCUUGAGCGGCUUUUCGCUGAUUUAUUGUGUUUUUAUUGCUUUUAAGUGGUGGUGUUGUGUUACCAAAACAGCAGUGUACUUGGCAUCAAAAGUUUUGAAGCAGUAAUCUUCCUGACUGACAUGAGCUGUGUGAGCUGCACCUCGUUCAUGGGGGAUCAAAAAGAGAAGUGGGCUUUCAUGCUGUAUUUAAUUCUAAAGUCAUCUCCCACUUAGUCCUGUAAUAAAUUGUUUUGUUAGUGUAGAUAUAUGCUUUGAAUUAAAUGUGAAAACCACUAUGCAAGCAGCCAUAUUGCAGCAGGGCAGUAGAUUAUGACUGCACUACCUUUUGGGAGUUCAGCACAUAAAACCACCCCCCACCCCCCCUCCCCGAUAUCCUGUAAGUUUAGAUAUGGGGAUUUUUGCAUGUUAACAGGAUGCAAUGCAAUGUUGACAUUUAAUCUCCACCUUCUUAUAUAAAUAUACUCGGAUGCCUUUUUUUGCAUCCACUGGGACUGCGUUUUAAAACAUGUUCCUAUCACUGGGGCUCAAGCGAGGUUGGCUGGUAGAAAAAAAGAGUGACCAAAGAAAUGAGCAUGUAUGUAUCAGCUCUAGAAAAAUACAAAGCAAAGCAACGAAAAGGCUGCUUUUUAAAUAAGCAGGCAAUAUCUGCAUUUUUUUUUUAUUGGUACCAUUUGGAUUGUAGUCUAUUUGAUAUAGGAAUGAGGAAAGAGCUGCCUUAACCUGUUUCAUGGUACAGAUAGAAACAGCAGAAUUGAUAAAUAUCUCUGAUACACAAAGGACAGUGUCUGCCACAGUAUCCUGGUAGCAAAGGCUCAGUAACCCUACACUGCAAACAGCAUUGAGGAGUUCUCACAUGGACUUCCAGGUGAGCCCGGGAGAUGAGUUCUCUGGUCUACCCUAGCCGAAUCAUGAAAGACCGUGAGGCCAUCACCAUUCUCCAUUACCCAGGCUCAGGCAAGAUGAAUGGACAGUUCACUCAGGCGGGGAUCCAUCCCUCAGUAACCGCCUCCUCGUCGCCCACCUCAAAACCCCAGCCCUUCAGCCUCCAGACAGGCCCUCACCUGCUGGCCAGCAUGCAGCUCCAGAAACUCAACAGCCACUACCACAACAUCGGCAGUGUAGCAGGGGACAUCGCAGCCCCACCCAGGACCUACAGCUCGCAGAGCCAGGGCGCCCUGUCCAACCCAGGGAGCACCGUCAUUGACUCGGACCCCGUGGAUGAAGAGGUCCUGAUGUCCCUGGUGGUGGAGUUGGGACUGGACCGCGCCAACGAGCUGCCAGAGCUGUGGCUCGGCCAGAAUGAGUUUGACUUUGUCUCGGAUGUUUCCUCUAGCUGCUGAUUCUCCUCAUGUGGGAAAGAUUGUCUUGAGGGCAAUGGAGAAAGAAAUCAAGAGCUCCUGAUCUAGGCUUAAUGUCUCAAACCCAGCUCUCUUGUGUGAUGUGGAAGUUGUAAUGUACAUGAAACCGACACAUAUGUUUCUAUGUCUAUGAACUUGAGAUCUGUGUAAUAUCUUUCUAAAUGUCGUGUCUCUGAAACAUCUCGCUUGAGGCUGCUUUCACUUCCCAGAAUCGUUGGCACUGCUGCAGCAGACGGGCAUUGUUGGCCUGUAUUGGCAUCUGCCUAGAAGGCACCAUGAAUAGCAAAGGCAGAGGAUUGGCAAAGAAUUGGACUGAGACCAAUUGUAUUGUUGUAAAUCAUAUCUUAAAACGGGUUAAGGAGAGCAGUUGUCUUUUUUUCAAAAUCAAGUCCAGUGCUUAAUUAUAGACCAUUGUAAUGAAACGUUCACGGUUUCAUAUUGAGAGAAACAUGUUUUAGCACUAAAAGGUGAACUUGUUUGUAGUUCAAUCGUAUUUGCUUUGAAUUUCUAAGUUUGGGAAGAUGGACACAGAAGGAAAGUAUUUUGAUUCAUGCUAGUUUCUUUAGAAUGUAUUGGUUUAUAUUCCAAUGGAGUACAAGUUAAUUAGAACACGUGUUCUUGAUUCACUGUAGAUGGUAAAACAAAGCUUCACUGAAGAGUUUAAAUGCUGAAUGUGUAAACUUGUCAGCUUUCGAUGGAAUAUACCUCUCUCUCCCUGCUGUUUGAAACACUACUCUCUGGCGCUGUGUGGGUUAGAUGGCACCGAGGUAUAUGAAGGAAAAGGAGAUGUUGAGAAUCUGCCAUUAAUUAAGGGAAUACCAAAUUUGGCAGAGAUAUAACUUGCUGUGUAUACGAUCAUCACAAAUGUCAUGAUGAAAAGAGGUAUUGUAAAUGCGGAGUAGAACCUGUGUUAAACCGGGGCUCGAACAUUGGAAUUCAGAGAUUUUUAUUUUUUAUUUCUUUUUCUUUUUUUCUAUGCAUUUAUACUGUAAUUGAGAGCAAAUAACGCUCCUUGAUGCAUGUGUAAGAAUUUGAUUAUAAAUACCACAAAUUCACAGCCAUUUAUGAGACAGUUUAGGACUUAAAUUCGAAGGAGUCUAUUUUUGUUCUCAGAUCAGCAUUCGUUAUCACCCCCCUUUCUGUUAUGCUGAAGAUCUUUUUUGUUUCCUUGCUUGUUUGUAUGGUUCAGUAUAUGCAGAUUUAUUUUAAUCCAUCUUUUCACUUUUGGCAAAUUUACAUUUUAUUAAAUGCGAAAUGUUCCAGCCUAGUAACGAAUGAGACGAAAAAAGUACUUGGUUAUAUAGUCAGGUGUACAGUAAAGGUUCUGAAUGUAUAAUGCACUGGUUAGACUGCACUUAAUUUCUCACUUGAAUUCUGGUCAUUGCAUUUAAUUAAAAAAAAUAAAUAAAAUAAAAUAAAAAAAGGGGGGGGAACCUUGUUGCUUUGGAGAGUCAAGCAGAGAGUAACCAGACUAAUCCCAAGGCUAAAACAUGAAGUUUUGAAGAUGAGCUGAAGGGACUGAAUCUAACAUAUA